ACGACGUCGGCCGGAGACGUCUUUCGAUACCUAUCGCCAUGGUUGAUCAGGACAUUCUGCGAAAAUGGCACAAUGUCGUCUCGAACCUGGACUUACGAAAACUCGGCGAUAGUCAUGGCCCGGCAAGGACCAAUGUCUAUAUCAAGGGGGUGGGAGAACCCCAAUCUCGAGCAGUUCUGAUUUCUAUCCAUAUCAACAACAAAACUCCAUGAGACAGUUUAGAGCAAUCAUCUCCAAACACAAAUCCAACAAGACGUCAUCUUCCCAGCAAGCCACUCCAAGCACGACACCCGCGACUCACCCACCAGCCACAACCAAACCCACCACCAUGUCCUCCGCUCCUCUCUCAGGCAAGGUCGCCGUGAUCACGGGUGGCACAAAAGGCAUUGGCGCCAGCACAGCUACACUCCUAGUCCAACUCGGAGCCAAAGUCGUGGUCAACUACGGCCGCGACAGUGCCGCGGCGGAGAAAAUCGUCUCGCAACUCGGCAGCGACAAGGCAUACGCCGUACAAGCCGACGCCGGGACGGUCGCGGGCGUCGAACACUUGGUGAAAGCGACGGUCGACAAAUUCGGGCAGAUCGACAUCCUGAUCCCCAACGCGGGAAUCCUGCCCAUGAAGACGGUCGAGUCGUGCACGGAAGAGGACUUUGACCGGACCUUCAACCUCAACGUCAAAGGCCCCUUCUUCCUCGUGCAAAAGGCCCUGCCGCACAUGGCGCCCGGCAGCAGCAUCGUGCUCAUCUCCACGACGCUGUGCCACGCCUCCACCGUCAACGGACCCUACACACUCUACUGCUCGACCAAGGGUGCCAUCGAACAGCUGACCCGCCUCCUCUCCAAGGACCUGCUCGCCCGGAAAGGCAUCCGGGUCAACGCGAUCGCGCCGGGUCCCACGGCCACCGACCUCUUCCUCGAGGGCAAGAGCGAACAGGUGCUCAAGGUGCUGGCGGGCUUCCACCCGGCCAACCGGAUCGGCAAGCCCGAGGAGAUCGCCCAAGCGAUCGCAUUCCUCUGCGGCCAGGGCGCCGAGUGGGUGAGCGGACAGACUAUCAGGGUGAACGGCGGUAUGGCUUAGAUGCUUUGGAGGAC